AUGGUGAAAGCUGCUCUGCAGGCUAUGAAUGAUGUCGGUGACUUGUUUGGCGAUGGUUCUCGGAGGUCGGCUAUACAUGUUCUACCAGAUGAGAUUGAGCAGUGUUCCGCUGUGUUGAGCAGCAUGCUCCCGAGAGAGUCAUUCAGUAAGGAAACAGACGCGGCACUACUGACGAUAAUCUCCUAUCCUGGUUUCGCUGUUGAAGACCCUGAGUUGGUAGAACAAACUCGGGAUACGAUUACAACGAAGUUGCUGGGAAAGUAUGGGUGCAGACGAUUUCUACGAGAUGGUUACAAAACAGCUCUUGAAGACCCUUACCGUUUGUACUAUAACAAGUCAGAGUUGCAACAGUUUGAGAACAUUGAAUGUGAAUGGCCUCUUUUUCUUUGUCUGCUGAUGUUGGAUGCCAUGUACAACAAAAACGAUGACGCCGUUGAGGACUACUGGCAACGCUUAGAGAGCGUCGUGGUUCUGUGCGAGAAAGGAUUUCGACUCAUUCCCGAGCUCUACAAAAUUGAACGCCAAAAUGUGGCAGGUGAAAAGACCGAGAGAGGAUCACAGCCCAGAGUUGCAGCUGGUGCAACGUGA